UCAAUGACUAUACUGCCAAAAUUAACUUAACUCCAUCUCCGUGGAUACAUCCCAACUUUCCUAAUUCAGAUAUUCCCUUUUUAUAUCUCUUUUAAAAUAAUAAACUUGUGUAUAUUACUUCUCCACUCCUCUGCUAUAUAGUAUAUACCCCUUAUUAUAUUAUUAAUUAAUACACUCUUCUACUAAUUUAACUCAUCCAUCAAGAUAAUUAUUUUAAUAUUUUUGUAGUCUUAGUCAUACAUGAUAAUUUAACGUGCAUUAGAUAAUGUCUAAGCUGUUUGUUAUAUCCUAUUUUUAUGUAGAGUUUUUCUCUAAUUUGUUAUUAGGGGCUGUAUUAUAUAAUCUGAUUUAUUCCUACAAACACCACUUUAUAGUACAUACCUGUUUAUCCAAAUAAGAAUAUAUAAUAAAAAUUAAAACCUACCCCACUCCCACUCCCACUCCAUAUGAUUUAAUAAUAUACAUUAUAUAAUAUUGUAGUUGCUCGCUACUACUAUAAAUACGUGAGACAGAAAUAAGCAUUUCAGUGCUAUCUGAAAAGCUUUAAUUCUUUCUCAAUUUCCAUCUUUAUUAUUGUUCAUUAAUAAUAAAGAAUUAAUUAAUAUGGCCAGAAUUGCCUUCGGACGUUGUGAUGAUUCUUUCAGCUUGGCCUCCAUCAAGGCCUAUAUUGCUGAGUUCAUCUCCACCUUGCUUUUUGUUUUCGCUGGCGUUGGUUCAGCCAUUGCUUUCAACAAGUUAACAAGCAACGCGGCUCUUGACCCGGCUGGCUUAGUAGCCAUAGCAAUAUGCCACGGCUUUGCUCUAUUCGUUGCCGUCUCCGUCGGAGCUAACAUCUCCGGUGGCCACGUCAACCCUGCCGUUACCUUCGGAUUGGCUGUUGGUGGCCAAAUCACCAUCCUCACUGGUAUCUUUUACUGGAUCGCUCAGCUUCUUGGCUCCAUUGUUGCAUGCUUCCUUCUCAAAUUCGUCACCGGAGGAUUGGCCGUUCCAACCCAUGGUGUGGCUGAGGGAGUGGGUGCGAUUCAAGGAGUGGUAAUGGAGAUCAUCAUCACCUUCGCCUUGGUGUACACCGUUUACGCCACCGCCGCCGACCCCAAGAAGGGAUCCAUUGGAACAAUCGCUCCCAUCGCCAUUGGUUUCAUCGUGGGCGCAAACAUCUUGGCUGCCGGCCCAUUCUCGGGUGGAUCCAUGAACCCAGCUCGAUCAUUUGGGCCUGCUGUUGUCAGUGGUGACUUCUCAGGCAACUGGAUCUACUGGGUUGGGCCUCUCGUUGGGGGUGCCAUUGCUGGCCUUGUCUACGGCAAUGUCUACAUCAACAGUGAACACCAACCUUUAGCCAGCGAUUAUUGAAAUUGAAAUUGGUGUGGUUUUUAUUGAUUUGUCUUUGUAAUAAAAGCAAAUUUUCUUUAUGGGAUUUUCUUUUGUUUUAUUAUUGUUCUUGUAAAGAGUAGCUGUUGUCAACUUUCUUUUGCUUUAUUGAGUUAAUGCAUGAAUUUGAUUUGCAGCCUUUCUGCUA